UUCCUUAAACAAUUAGUUGCAAGUAUUACGUUGUAGAUUUGACGCAGACAGUUUUGGAGUAGGCUACAGACGGCGCAUUUGUCUCUGGUUGGUUCAAUGACGGUCUCUUGUCCAAUCAGUGACUACUGAUGAUUUUACACAUCAGAGAGGUUGAAAGAUUGUAAACUCUGUGCCAAACUGAUAUACCCUCGCUCUAUCCUAGCCUAUAUUUUUUGUCAAUAGGCAUACGAGUAGGCUUUUUACGUUUAGUUUUUCUGUAAAUUAAAUGAAUGUUUUAAUCCAUUCGAAUCUGCUGAGUAGCCUUCUGCUGCAAAGAGAACGUUCAAGAUUGGGGACUCUUAAAUCCGAAUGUAUUUAUUUAGCCUGUUCUCUUUGAGAUACGGUACAUAGCAGGGGAUACAUGUUUACAUUUAAUUGAUUUAUUUGACUAACAAUGCAUGAGCAGGAGGAAACCGUCGAGGGUAGUCAAUAUUGUACAUCUCUCCCAGCUCGUAAUGUUUGAUAAAUUGUGUCAACUGUCGGAAUGAGGGGACUCCGGAAGGUGCUCGCGCUAUGCUUCGCGCUACCAUGGCUCCAGCUCACCUGCGCUCAAACUCAAGAAGUGAUAUGCUCCGGCACCCAAAAUGCACUAAGCGUGACAGGAAGUUCACAGACGCAGUACACGCUAAUGAAGGAGAUGUACAGUGGCUGUGAGAUCGUCAUGGGUAACCUGGAGAUCACCAUGAUGGAACACUGGAGGGACUUCACCUUUCUUCAGUCUAUUAGAGAAGUGACGGGCUACAUCCUCAUUGCCAUUAACCAGUUCAGCCGGCUCCCGCUGGACCAGCUCCGUGUCAUAAGAGGCACCACUCUGUACGAGGAUCGCUUUGCUCUGGCUGUCCUCGUCAACUACCAAAAGGACGGCCAACACGGACUGAAGGAGCUGGGCCUCACACACCUCACAGAGAUACUGGAGGGAGGGGUGCAGAUCAUUCAGAAUAAGUUCCUGAGCUAUACCCCUCAGGUGAACUGGUUGGACAUAGUGAAGGAUGGAGACUCUGAAGUCAUCAUCAACGAGAACGGGCCUGAACAGCCGUGUGAUGAGGCAUGCGGCGGUCCAUGUUGGGGGCCCAGGAAUGACACCUGCCAGAGCUUGACGAAGACAGUGUGUGCCCCUCAGUGUAAUGGCCGCUGCUUUGGGAGGAGUCCUAGUGAAUGCUGUCAUAUGGAGUGUGCAGGAGGUUGCACCGGACCCCUGGACACCGACUGCUUUGCCUGCCGUAACUUCAACAACUCAGGCUCCUGUGUGCCCCAGUGUCCCCAGACUCUCAUCUACAACAAGCACACCUUCAAACUGGAGCCCAACCCCAGCGCCAAGUACCAGUACAGUUCCAUCUGUGUGGCCCAGUGCCCCACUAAUUUUGUGGUGGACGGGAGCUCGUGUGUGAGCAGCUGCCCUUCUUAUAAGAUGGAGAUGGAGAAGAAAGGAGUGAAGAGGUGUGAGCCCUGUGGAGGCCUCUGUCCCAAAGCUUGUCAAGGAACAGGCACAGCCUCCAGGCAGACAGUGGACUCUCAGAACAUUGACAGUUUCAUCAACUGCACCAAGAUCCAGGGUAGCCUUCACUUCCUGGUCACCGGGAUUAAAGGUGAUCCCUACAACAACAUCACAGCUUUGGACCCAGAGAAACUGAAGAUCUUCAGAACUGUGAGCGAGAUCACAGACGUUCUGAGUAUCCAGUCAUGGCCUGAGAAUCUGACUGACCUGUCGGUGUUCUCCAACUUGGGAACCAUACAAGGAAGAACCCUCUACAGGGGCUACGCCCUGCUGGUGAUGCGUAUCCCGUCACUGACCUACCUGGGGCUGCACUCACUGCAGAGUAUCAAUGACGGCGGUGUCUACAUCACAGGAAACAGGAAGCUAUGCUACCACCACACCGUCAACUGGACACGCCUCUUCAGUAGUAGCUCCCGUCCACAGCGCCACCAGAAGAACAUCGACGUCAAGGACAACCGACCCCAGAGCCAAUGUGUUGCGGAGGGGCACAUGUGUGACCCUCUGUGUUCGUCGGAGGGGUGUUGGGGUCCUGGGCCAGACCAGUGUCUAUCCUGUAAGAACUACAGCCGAGGGGGAACCUGUGUCAAUCAGUGCAGAUUUCUCACCGGAAAGGGGCGUGAGUUUACAAGUCCAAAGGGAGAGUGUAUGCCCUGUCACUCGGAGUGUGAGGUCCAGGAGGGACAGCCCACCUGCAUAGGACUGGGAGCUAAUGAGUGUGUGAUGUGUGCCAGUCUGAGGGACGGUCCUCACUGUGUUUCCUCAUGCCCUGAAGGAGUGAUGGGGGAGAAGGGGCUCAUCUUUAAAUACCCCAACCAGCAGAGACGCUGUGAGCCCUGCCACCUCAACUGCACCCAGGGUUGCUCAGGCCCAGGAAUUGGGGACUGUUUGGACUCCACCAGAUUAACUGAUGGCCAAUCCAUUACAGGAAUAGUUUUGGGAGUUUUGGCAGCAGUGAUAGUGGGCUUCUCCAUCUUUGUGAUGAGUGUUCUGUACCGCCGAGGUCUUGCCAUCCGGCGCAAGAGAGCCAUGAGGCGAUACCUGGAGAGUGGAGAGAGUUUUGAGCCUUUGGACCCUGGUGAGAAAGUGGUCAAAGUUCAUGCCAGGAUCCUGAAGGUCACUGAACUCCGUAAGAUCAAGCUACUGGGCACCGGUGUGUUCGGCUCCGUCCACAAGGGCAUUUGGAUUCCUGAGGGAGACUCAGUGAAGAUCCCCGUGGCCAUAAAGACUAUUCAUGAUCGAAUGGGGCAAAAUACCUUCCAUGAGAUCACAGAGCACAUUAUGGUGAUGGGUAGCUUGGACCACCAGUACAUCGUCAGGCUCUUAGGUGUCUGUCCAGGUGCUAGUCUCCAGCUGGUCACCCAGCUAAGCAAUCAGGGGUCCUUACUGGAGCACAUCAGGCACCACAGGGACAGCCUGGACCCACAGAGGCUGCUCAACUGGUGUGUGCAGAUUGCCAAGGGUAUGUACUAUCUGCAGGAACACAUGAUGGUCCACAGAAACCUGGCAGCCCGUAACGUGCUCCUGAAGAGUGACUACAUGGUCCAGAUCUCUGACUACGGCAUCACAGACCUGCUCUACCCCGAUGACAAAAAGUACUUCUACAAUGAGACGGCCAUUAAAUGGAUGGCUCUGGAGAGCAUCUUGUUCCGCAGAUACACACAUCAAAGUGAUGUCUGGAGCUAUGGAGUGACAGUGUGGGAGAUGAUGUCAUAUGGGGCGGAGCCCUACUCGGUGAUGCGUCCACAAGAAGUGCCAGACCUUCUGGAGAAGGGCGAGCGUCUUUCCCAGCCACCCAUCUGCACCAUAGAUGUCUACAUGGUCAUGGUCAAGUGCUGGAUGAUUGACGAGAAUGUCCGUCCCACCUUCAAGGAACUGGCCAAUGAGUUUACCAGAAUGGCCAGGGACCCGCCGAGGUACCUUGUAAUCAAGGGAAGCCCGUCAGACUCUCCCUCAGAUGUAUCUCACCAACGAAGCACAAAGCUGGAUGACAUGGAGGCGGGGCAGGAGGACCAGGAUGAGGACGGCACGCCCCCUCUCUACCGGUCACAGGCCAGGAGUCUCUCGAGACUUUCAGGAAUGGACAGUCACAGGGGUGUUCACAGCAGUCAGGCUGGAUACCUGCCUAUGACACCAGGACUGGAUAACCCUCAGAUGGUGUGGCCGUCAGCAUCCCGCUCUCGCCUCAAUUCCACCCGCACCAUGUCAGAGAGUUCUGAAGGGCGGGGCACUGUGGUGGAGCUGGAGAUGAGUGAAUACUUUUUAUUGGCUGGCAGCAUGCGGAGAAAGCGGCAUCGGGAGGACAGUGCCUACAUGUCCCAGAGGGACAGCAUGUCUGAGACCCCCUCCCCUGACACAGAGGGGGAGAAGGACCAGAGCGGAUACAUGCUCCCCGGACUGGGUGACAGCCCAGAGAGAGAGACCCUACUGUUUAGCUCCCAGGUCACCCCUCCUCACUGGAGGACGUCCAAGGUCUCCUCAUACCCAUCAGGACCCUCGGAGGACCAUGACAGUGCCUGUGAGGAAUAUGAGUACAUGAACAAACAGGCGUCCAUUAUGUAUCUCUCCCCCAGGCAGCAACCUGGACAUUCCAAAGAUGGCCCACAUCGACUGAAGAUGAACAAGAGGCAAUGCUCUUCUGUGCCGGACACAGAGUACUCAAAGUGCAUGGGGUACAGGACAUCAGCUGGGGAGAACAGGGGAGGCCAAACCAAGAAUGAAGAACACCAGGACUAUGAAUUCCCAGCUCUCAACUCUGAUUCAGACAACACAGAGCAACAGGGCUCCGGUGACAUGGAAUACAAGUACAUGGACAUUCAAAGUGUUGGACCAGACGAUCCCCCAACACGAGAUGUGCCUCACCCUGCAGCUACGCCUAAACAGCGGAUGAAAGGCGAGAGAGAGGUGGAGGAAGAGGAGGACGACGAAUACGUAGAAGAGGACGACUAUCAAUACACUAACAGGCAGCCCAAGCUGCGGCAGGAUCUGCGAGGCAGGGAGGGUCUGAGGAUGCAAGGAGAAGGAGAGGGAGAGGUGGAUGAGUAUGAGGACAUGGAUUCCCUGGCCGCCCCUGGAGCUGUGGACCCAGUGGAGUACGAGAAUGUGCAGAGAGAAGGUGAAGGCGCAGUGGGAGACAUGGGGGGUCAGCACACAGGGAUGGGGGCAUUUGUAAAAGUGCGUGCAGGGGUAGGGGAGCCUAGUGGCGGAGAUUGCUCCUUUGACAAUCCAGACUACUGGCAGAGCAGGUUGUUCCUGAAGCUUAACGCUGUGAACACGUAGGGAAGUGGACCUCCCUCACUGGCGCUGAAGAGGAUAGACGCCUCUGUAGCUCUUCCAUGCCAAUUGAAAUCAAUGAAGGACCAGGGGAGGGGAGAAAGCCAUCCAAUAUAAAAAAUGUGUGGCAUGUUUAUAACUAUAUUUUAUUUUAUGUUUUUUUUACCACGUUUUCUCCCCAAUUUCGUGGUAUCCAAUUGGUAGUUACAGUCUUGUCUCAUCGCUGCAACUGCCGUACGGACUCGGGAGAGGCGAAGGUCGAGAGCCGUGCGUCCACCGAAACACAACCCAACCAAGCCGCACUGCUUCUUGAAACAAUGCCCACUUAACCAGGAAGCCAGACUCACCAAUGUGUCGGAGGAAACACUGCACCUGUCGACCGUGUCAACAUGCACUGCACCUGGCCCUCCACAGGAGUUGCUAGUGCGCGAUGGGUCAAGGACAUCCCUGCCGACCAAACCCUCCCCUAACCCGGAUAAAGCUGGGUCAAUUGUGUGCCGCCCCAUGGGUCUCCCGGUAAAGGCCAGCUGCGACAGAGUCUGGACUCGAACCCAGAAACUCUAUGUUUGUAUCUUUUAAUGUGUCUGUUACAGGUUUACAUUUAUCAUUGUUUUUAUCCAUAAUAACAUAAGCUUUGGGAUGUUUUCUUUCUGUAUUACAAGUGGAAUGCACUGUGAGUGAGGAAGGCACUAAAUGAAAUGGCCAGAUUACAAGCUUUGUAUUUGUGUUUACUAAGAACAAGAACAAAAAUGUAUUUGUACAAUCUCCUUUUUCACUUGUAUUUUCAUGUUUUUAACGUUACCUUUUAGUGAUAUAUUUUUUUUAGCUUUUUUAAAUAAUAAAAUCUUUGAAGAAUGUACAUAAAUAACAAUUAUCAGGGGGACAUAAUUCUCAUUCAGUUUGUUAAUACUAGAUCUUUAAUUCAUUUCUAUUGUGCUGGUCUUGCUGUUUCUUCUGACAGUCCCAUUUAUUGGGGUAAGUGAGAAAUAAAGGGGCACGUUCCAUGUCAUCUUUAUUGCAGUUGGUUUGAGCAGAUUACUAGAGCUCAACACCAGAAACAACAUCCAUGCUUAAAAGCGCAGCAUGCACUCUGGUACUGAAAUCCAUGCCUCAGGCUGACCGUUUCCUCAGCUGGGAAGUGUGUGUGCACCUACUGUAAUUUUGUCCUAGCUCUCCAGUUCAGUGCUUCUUUAUUAAUUUAUCUUUUAAGAAACCAAAUCAGUUUUUACCAUAUUCGAAUAUCAAAUAAAUCAAUGUUUUCAAAUGUUUA